AUGCAGUGGGAAAUCCUUCUUCUAACGGGAGGGGGGGGACCUGGGCUGGAGCAGAGGGGCUUCUUGAUUGACAGCCGCAGCAGGAAAGAUGGCGUGGAGCUGAGAGGAGAUGGAAGUUUUCUCCGAGUUUGGGGCCGCUUUGAUCCCGACAGAUGCGAUGCUGCGAUAGACCCAGACCUGACAAAGUUGCAAAGAUAUUUUUGUAUAUUUUUUUUUAACAAUUGCACUAAGGUUGGUUUGUGUCCGGGCUGUCGCUGUGGAGGAAUGGGGGCCGCCGGGUGGGAAGAAGGCGAGUUUGAGUUCAAGUUAGUUUUCGAGGAGGACCAGAACCACCGGGCCUCCCCAGUGUGCGUGGCCGGGCAGGAGAGCGCCAGGCCCGGGGAGGAGAGAGAGGGCGCCCCGGAGCCCCUGGAGACCACCAACCACGGUCAGCUGGAUUCUUUUCUCACGUUCUCAUCAGUGUGA